UUAUAUAAUUUUGUUUUUUAGCAAAUUUGCAUAGUUUUGUUUUCGUUUUGUUUCAUUAGGUUAUAAGUAAAAUUGACACGGGGAACAAGUGCGCAUGUGCAGAGCGCGCAGAGCGCAGGAGGAAAGAUGGCUUCGUCCAUGAGUGGGAUGUUUCCCGGUCAGCAGCCGCCUGGUUCGCAUCCUGUCGGUGGUCCUGGUGGACCGGGUCAGCCUGGCUUUCCUGGUACCGCUCCUCGGCCCCAGGGCAAUAACACUUUGGUGGAUGAACUAGAAGCUUCGUUUGAGGCCUGUUUUUCUUCAUUAGUAAGUCAAGAUUAUGUCAACGGAACAGACCAGGAGGAGAUUCGAACUGGAGUGGACCAGUGCAUACAGAAGUUCCUGGACGUGGCUCGACAGACCGAGUGCUUCUUCUUGCAGAAGAGACUUCAGCUGUCUGUGCAGAAACCAGAGCAGGUGGUGAAAGAGGAUGUGUCAGAGUUGCGCAACGAGCUUCAGAGGAAAGAAAUGCUGGUUCAGAAGCAUUUGACCAAGCUGCACCACUGGCAACAAGUACUUGAAGAUUUGAGUGGUCAGCAUCGUAAACCCACAGACCUUCCUCCUCCCGGACCUCUGGCCUUUCUGGAACAGGCCUCAGCCAGUCUGCCACCUGCUCCUUUAAAACCCAGCUAACACAGUCAGUCUGGUCCAGUCUGCUCCAGCAUCUUGUUUAAAAGUAAAAACACAUUUCUAGAUGAAAGUGGAGUGAUUUAUCUGACAUGGCAGUGCAGUACAGCUGAUUGGAGAUGCACGUGCCUGCGUUCAUCAGAUGUACAAACUUUAAUMGAACUGAACAGAAGAAAAAAGACAUUUGUGAGAUAGUAGUUCCUUUCUGCUCUGAAGUGCUCUCUGUAUGUAGUUGUCAAGUUAAGUGUGCUGUCAUUGCAGAACUGAAGGGAUUGUUUUUUUGUUUUUGGUGUAGAUAUUUCCAAAACUAUUUUUUACUGUAGCAAUAAACCAUUUUUAGUAUCAUGGAUGUUAAUGGUAAUAUUUUUUAACGUUUUCUUUCUAUUUUAGGAGCUCAUUCUUUCACUGCAGUUUAUAUGAUUUAUAAAGCAUUAAGAACUAUUGUUUCAAGAAGCUUUAUAAAAUCUGAGAAAUGAACAUUAAUUAAUCUUGUUACAAACUGGACACGUAAACCUGUAUUUAUAAAGCUAAAAUGAUAUGAUAUAAAUAAACUACAUUAUAAGA